CCCUCUCCUCGCCUCCCAAAAAAGGCGCGGCACCAAAAGGCGCGAGAGAGAGGCACGGGGACCGCCCGCCUCGCUCGCCUGCGCACCGGAUUCGUCGCUGCGGCGGUGGUUGCAGCGGCGGCGGCCUGGCGGGGAGAUGUCUUCGCGCUCGGGGUCCACGGGCGGAGGGAGCACCGGCGGCGGCAGCAGCGCGGGGGGAGGCGGCGCGGUGCCGCUGGCCGUGCUGCUCAGGCGGGAGGUGGCCAGCGAGCGCACCGCGUCGGAGCGCCCGGAGCUGCACUGGGGCCUCUUCAGCCAGGCCAAGAAGGGCGAGGACUUCACCUUCCUCAAGCCCGAAUGCGAGCGCGUCCCUGACGUCCCGUCCUCCUCCUUCUCCGCCUUCGGCCUGUUUGAUGGGCAUAAUGGGAACGGAGCCGCAAUUUACACCAAGGAGAAUCUCUUGAACAACAUCUUGAGUGCGGUCCCAGCCGAUCUGAACAGGGAAGACUGGCUUGCUGCACUCCCAAGAGCGCUGGUUGCUGCAUUCGUCAAAACCGAUAAGGAUUUCCAGACUAAAGCACGUUCUUCAGGGACAACUGUGACAUUUGUCAUAAUAGAUGGAUUGGUCAUCACUGUUGCAUCAGUUGGUGAUUCCCGUUGUGUACUACAAGCUGAAGGUUCAAUUUAUCAUCUAUCCUCUGAUCAUCGGUUCGAUGCAAGCAAAGAGGAGGUUGAUCGUGUAACAGAAUGCGGAGGUGAUGUUGGAAGGCUAAAUGUUGUUGGUGGUGCUGAGAUUGGCCCCCUUAGAUGUUGGCCUGGAGGUUUGUGCCUAUCAAGGUCAAUUGGAGAUCAAGAUGUUGGUGAAUUUAUCGUUCCAGUUCCUCUUGUGAAGCAAGUUAAGCUAUCUACUGCGGGUGGCCGACUCAUUAUUGCAAGUGAUGGUGUUUGGGAUGUCUUGUCUCCAGAAGUAGCUUUUAACUGUUCACGUGAACUUCCUCCAGUGCCUGCAGCUGAGCAAAUCGUUAAAACUGCUGUGCAAUCAAAAGGGCUGAGGGAUGAUACCACCUGUAUUGUUGUUGAUAUAAUAGUAGAAAAAAACAACUCUUCCAUGCCACUUGCUAAAAGGCAACCAGGAAUUGGUGUCUUCAAAAAUAUGUUCGGCAAGAAAAAAUCAUCGGAUUCAUCAUCCCAUUCCCAUUCAGAUAGAGAAUAUAUGGAUCCAGAUAACGUGGAGGAAAUAUUUGAGGAUGGGUGUGCGCUUCUUUCUAGACGGCUGGAUUCUGAAUACCCUGUUCGAAAUAUGUUCAAACUGUUCAUAUGUGCCAUUUGUCAAGUAGAGUUAAAGCCAAACCAAGGUAUAUCUGUACAUGAAGAUUCAUCACAACCUGGGAGCUUGCGUCGCUGGGAUGGUCCAUUCCUUUGCCAGAGCUGUCAGGAAAAGAAAGAAGCAAUGGAGGGAAAGCGUCGUUCACGAGAUUCAUCAAGAAACAGUGGGUAAGUGAAUAGUUGACAUGUGUAGAGUGAUCAGGUAACUACUGACCAGCAACACCCCAGCACCACCAUUUUGCAGCAUUUCUUCUGUUGUGGCACUUCCUUGAUCACAUUCACAUGUAAUAUCUGGGAGUUCUGAUCUAGAACUAGAUUGAAGUAUUGAAUUGCUACUGUGGAGGUGGCUGCUGCUUAUAGCUCUCAUCCCAAGUGAGGAGCAUGCCUUGUCCUCAGCAAGGUCCUUGCCCAGGAAUGUAGGCAGCUUUACUCAGCCCUUUGACCUUGAUGGCACAUACAGGUUGAAAGAUUAACGAUGCCAAAAUGAUAUGGCUUGUAUAUUCUAAGGUCCAUUGCUGCGACGAUCUUCUUAUAGAGUUCUGACAAAUAGCUAUGGCACUGUUUCUGAAUUAGAACUAGGCGCUUACAUCAAUUCUUCCCCGUUCGAGCUAGCCUUAAUUUAUGGCUAGAGACCUUAGUAUUAUCAGUCCUGCUGAGGUCCAGCCUUCGCUGACACCAAUGUAAUUGUCAUCUAAAAUAUUCUUUCAAGCAGCUGUGAUUCAUCAGUAAGACAUUAGUUGUCAUGU